AUGCAGUACAAGCUUCUCAUUGCUCCUCUCAUUGCUAUGGCCAUAGCCGCACCAACCCUUGAGGAAGUCAACGGCCACCUCGCUAAGCGUACCUGCUGGUCCCUUACCGGCGAUAAGCUGAAGGUCUGCCAGCAAGUUUGCAAGGCUGCCUGUACUGUCGGAACUGCAGAUAUUGCCAAGGAGGCUUGUGACAAGGCCUGCGACCUCGGUCCCCUGAAGGCUCGCGAAGCCGCACCUGAGGUCGAAGCUGAUUCCUCUUUCGGAAACAAGGCUUGCAACAUUGCGUGCGAUGUUACCUGUAACUCGACAGUCCUCGCUUUGGAGCAGAAGAAGUGCCUUGAAGUUUGCAAGGGCAAGUGUAACAACUAA